AAGAGAAAAACAAAAGGUGACAAAGCCGAAACUUUGAUCAACCUCUCUCCUCUUGCACAGUAAAAUCUCUUUUCCUUUCAACUUUGAACCUUUCCUCUCUCUCUCUCUCUGGUGUGGUGGAGGUGCCAUGCUCAUGUGCUCGCGUUUCUUGGAUUACCGCACCAAAUGCAGAGCCUCAACCCCUACCAUCUUUGCCUCAUUCUUCUUCUCCCUCUUCCUCACCUCUUCCGCCGCAUGCUUUAACGGAAAUUGCCAGGUUCUGGAAGCAUGUACAGCUGCCACCGAUUGUGGGCCAGGCCUCUAUUGCGGCAAUUGCCCUGCUUUGGGCCGGACUCGGCCCGUUUGCACCAGAGGCCAAGCCACCAUCGUUACAUCUCUCGUGAAUGGUUUGCCCUUCAACAAGUACUCGUGGAUCAUGACCCAUAAUUCAUUCAGCAUCGUGGAUGCGCCACCUUUGCCUGGAGGAGUUCAGAGACUCACCUUUUACAAUCAAGAAGACACUGUUACUAACCAGUUGAGGAAUGGAGUGAGAGGAUUGAUGUUGGAUAUGUACGACUUCGAGAAUGAUAUCUGGCUCUGUCAUUCAUUUCGAGGACAAUGCUUCAACUUCACUGCCUUUCAACCUGCAAUAAAUACUUUGAGAGAAGUGGAGGCAUUCUUGACUCAAAAUCCAACGGAGAUUGUCACCAUUGUAAUUGAGGAUUAUGUGCGUACUCCAAAGGGGUUGACUAAUCUAUUCACAAAUGCUGGACUUGAUAAAUAUUGGUUUCCCGUGUCUGAUAUGCCUAAAAAGGGAGAAGAUUGGCCCACUGUAACAGAGAUGGUUCAAGCAAAUCACCGACUUCUUGUUUUUACUUCGGAUGCUUCAAAGGAAGCUGAAGAAGGAAUAGCUUAUCAGUGGUCUUACAUGGUUGAGAAUGAGUCUGGAGAUCCUGGAGUUCAAGGGGGUUCUUGCCCGCAUAGAAAAGAAUCAAAGCUGUUAAAUUCUAGAAGUGCAUCACUUUUCUUGCAGAAUUACUUUCCAACAGAUCCAGUUGAAGCUGACUCAUGCAAAGAGCAUUCUGCUCCACUUGCUGAUAUGGUGAACACAUGUUACAAAGCUGCAGGGAAUGUGCUGCCUAACUUUAUAGCAGUUAAUUUUUACAUGCGGAGUGAUGGUGGGGGUGUUUUUGAUAUCGUGGACAAAAUAAAUGGCCAUUCAUUGUGCGGCUGUAAUACAGUCUCUGCUUGCCAGGAGGGAGCACCUUUUGGAUCUUGCAAGAACAUUGCUGUACCUGAUACAACUCCAGUGACCAACACAACUGGAAGCUUUACAGGAUAUGUUCAGUUCUCUAGAUCAGCUUCACCAGUCCAUUCUCCAAAUUGCUGGCUUUUCCUAGCGUUUUACUUACGGCUUAUUACUAUUUUAUUGCAAUUGUGACAAGUAUUAUUGUACAAGCUAAGUCUUUCAAGAGAAGCUCCUAGUGGUUUCUAGUAUUUUAGUAUGUACACUGAAGUACUGCCUCAAACAUUUAAAUGUCAUAGAACUGCUUAUAGGUUAGAAAUUAGAUAAAACAAAAUUUUGGAAUUGCUGAGGCUAUAAUCAAGGCUCUGUGAGGUCAUCUGAGGUAGAUGGUAACCAAGAAAGGCUAAGAAUGCAUCCAGAGCAGUUCAGGAUUUGUACCAUGGUAACAUUAGUCAAUGACAGAAUAGGAAAUUUGCAAUAUAGGAUCAGGAUGGCUGGAAGCUCUUGGUCAUUGUUACGGACUUACGGUUUGUUGCAAUUGUAUUAUGAUGGUUCUUAUCACCUGUCUUUCCCUUUCCACUUCUGUAUUGAUGUUGAAAAAAUAUAGUGGUUUCUCCUACAUUUUAACCAUAUAACCUAUAGUUAAUGUGAAGCAUGGACCAUUUAGUUUAACAGAGGAAAUUGCAUGAGGUUUGCGCAGCUUUCAAAAUCAGAACAUCGUGUAGAUUUGUUAUACACAUUUAAUCAUGAGCAAAUAAAUACCAUCUUGAAGUUGA